GUUAUGUUACACUCAAUAUGUUAGGAAGGAAUGUGAGGGUGGAUGCUGGUUAUAAAGGACAGAAGAUCACCAUGGCAACGUAUCUAGAUGACAGACCUACCUCUUCUCGAAAUCCAGAACAGCCGGAAUUGGUGUUUGAACGGGAGAAAGUUGCUCAGAGCUCAUCAAAUGAUCUACACAAUCUGGAUGUUGAUGUUUACAAUCAGAGUGAUUUGGAGCAGGCUGUUUCUCAACAGGCAGACGCAGCCAUUGCAAAGAUGGAACAUUUCCAAAAAGUUCGCUUUGUCAAAGAAGACAUAGCCAAAGUGCGAAAAGAAUUUACUAUAAUAAAAGAAAAAAUAUCUGCAUUGAACUACAAGCUGGAGAGUUACAAAGGUUAUGGAACUCGCAAUAUAUACUUUGAAGAAACUAGUAAAGAGAAGAAAGCACUGCAAGACAAGCUCCCUGUAGUGAUAAAGCAGAGGAGAAUGCUAGAGGAAACCCUGGUUAGGCUUGAGGGAGGGGUCGUAACCACGCCCCAACCUCCUCCUGUUGCAAGAAGAAGAGUAGUCGUUAAUACCCCAAGAGGUACAAUCAUCAAACCUCAAAAGCCACCUAGACCUCCAUCGCCUCCCCGAAUUAUAAAAGAGGAUGACGGGUUCUUGAAUUCUCUCUCGGCACCCAAAGAGUCUAAAGCAGACAGGCUCAUCAGAACAGGACUUAAAAACCCGUUUGAAGUUAGAUACGAGAGAUAUUUGAAGACGCAGAUUGAGGAAAAUGGACACGACCAGAAAAUAAAGUCCGAGCUGCAUGAUGAUGGCCAUGAUGAGUUGCUUCAGUACCACGACCCCGAUCAUGGAUCUGAUACUGAUUUUGAGGAACCUGACAUGGAUCUGAUAGAGGACCAUGUUAAAAACAAACCCAAAAUUGAAGACUCCGAUUCUGACGGUGAAAAUGGCGUGAAACCGACCCUGCCUUUGUCUAAUAAUGACGUUAAGGAACCAAUACUUAAGUCAAACAAACGGAGAAAAAUAGACACUGUCGCCAAGGAUGAUGGAGACCCUCAAGUUUAUCAGAUGAGAGUUGCCCUGAUCGAACCAACCAACUCCGAAACUAAGUGUAUCAAAGGAAAACUGAGAAUGGACCGUUUAACUUGGAAGAAGUUGUAUAAAUACCAGCAAACUGGAGUCAAAUGGUUGUGGGAGCUUCACCAGCAACAGUGCGGCGGUAUUUUAGGUGACGAAAUGGGUCUGGGGAAAACUAUUCAGAUGGUUACAUUUCUAAACGCUCUCGUUGAGUCAAACGUGCCGAUCAGAUGUCACAAUCGAAGGAAGCUGGGUCCGGUUCUUAUAGUCUGUCCGACGACUGUUAUGCACCAGUGGGUUAGGGAAUUCCACAACUGGGCUCCCACAUUCAGAGUCGCUGUUCUCCAUGGCUCGGGCUCCUACACAGGGUCUAAGAAAUCUAAACUCAUUCACGCUAUUGCUAAUGCAAACGGCGGUGUUUUAGUAACUUCAUACUCCGGUAUUAGGAUAUACCGAGAAUCCCUGACUCUAUACUCGUGGGAUUACGUUAUAUUGGACGAGGGCCACAAGAUUAGGAAUCCUCAAUCAGAGAUCACUCGGCUGUGUAAAGAAUACACUACAUGUCACAAAAUAAUACUGUCUGGGAGUCCUAUUCAGAACAACUUGCAAGAACUCUGGUCUUUGUUUGAUUUCAUCUACCCCGGGAAACUCGGGGCUCUUCCGGUGUUCUUGGAACAAUUCUCAGUUCCAAUUACUCAGGGAGGUUACACUAACGCAUCCAAAAUCCAAGUUCAGACUGCCUAUAAAUGUGCAUGUGUUUUACGAGAGACAAUCGGUCCUUAUCUGCUGCGCCGACUCAAGUCUGAUGUUAAGAUCAACUUGCCCACCAAGAACGAGCAGGUGCUAUUUUGUAAGCUGACCCCCAUCCAGGAGGAGCUGUACACUAAUUUUCUCAGAUCAGAGCAUGUAGGUAAGAUCUUAACUCACACUCUCAACUCUUUCGCUGGGUUGACUUUUCUGAAGAAAAUCUGCAACCACCCAGAUAUUUACACGGGGGACCCGUCUGCAUUACUCGCGAUGCAGGGGAACUUGGACAUUAUGAAAGAUACUUCUGAGGAAUAUGGGCAUGUGAGACGGUCUGGAAAGUUGAAAGUUGUUUCUGAGUUGCUAAAAGUUUGGAGGAAACAAGGCCAUAGGACACUCUUAUUUACUCAGAGCAGGAAAAUGAUGUUUAUAUUUGAGAAGUUUGUUCAGAAUCACGGCUACACUUACAUGAAGAUGGAUGGAGGAACCGCUAUCUCUAGCCGUCAGGGUCUGAUAGCACGGUUUAACCAGGACGAAUCUAUUUUUGUGUUCCUGCUGACAACUAAAGUUGGAGGUCUUGGUAUCAACCUUACUGGCGCUAACAGAGUUAUCAUUUACGAUCCUGAUUGGAAUCCUAGUACAGAUAUUCAGGCUCGGGAGCGGGCUUGGAGGAUUGGUCAGACUAAAAACGUGACCGUUUAUCGGCUUCUCACUUCUGGGACAAUCGAAGAGAAGAUGUACCAACGUCAAAUCUUUAAAACUUAUCUUACCAACAAGAUUUUAAAGGAUCCUAAACAAUCCCGUUUCUUCAAAUCUAAUCAGCUGCUGGAUCUCUUUACGUACACUCCUGGGCACAAGAAUACUACUGAGACAGGAUCUAUAUUCGCUUCUAGGAAUGUUGAGAUUACUAAGAGAGACGUCAAAGAACGAGCUAAACUGAUGAAACAAGCCAUCAUUGAAGAAAAUACUAGUGGGGAUAGUGAAGGUCACUCUAAGAAGAAAGGGAAGAAAGGAAAGAAGAGGAGGUCCUGUAAAGUGAAGGUUGAUGGGGAGGAUAUUGACUCUGUUGUGGGUGUGUCAUCAUAUGAAACAACUGACCUUGCUGAAAACAACCCUAACACUGCUGACCAGGAUGACACGUUUACUCUUGCUAAAAUAUUCAACUCAGCAAAUGUGCACAGUGCCCUGCAGCAUGACACUAUUGUUGGGGAGACGCAUCAAGACAUCACUCUAGUGGAAGAAGAAGCUACUCGGGUCGCUACUCAAGCUGCUAAAGCUCUCAUUAAAUCGAGAAAUGAAAUCAGAAAGAAAAAAUCCGCUAUAACUACAAGCGAUUCAUCUGCUCCAAAACGUCCUAAAUUCGGAAACAAGAGCAACGGUUCAAACAGUAAUGGAAGCGGAUCCUCAGUUAUUCUGAAGAAGAUUCGAGAAAGAAAUGGUCUUGACGAGCCUGUAACUAACGAUGUAAAGAAUAAGAACUAUAGUCUGAUAGCCCAGCUGAGAGUCUUUAUCAGCUCUAAGGAAGGGAUGGUGACCACAGCUCAGGUGAUAAGCGAGUUUCAGAGUAAAGUUAGUGUUCCAGAUAACGCUAUCUUUAAAUCUUUAUUAAUGGAACUUUGUACCUUUAAAAGAAAACAUGAUGUCGGGUAUUGGCAUUUGAGAGAAAAGUUUAAAUGAAGGUAUAUUUUUAUAAAUAUUUGUUUGUUUUUACUAUAAUUUAGGUUUAAUUUAUACUGAUGUUAAUGAUUUGUUUCGUCGUGACCUGCAUCCGAGCUGUUAUCUUGUUUAGUUUUGUAGAUUUUAUUAAUUGAUAUGUGUUAACGUACAUUACGUUAAUAUUAGCCGAGCGAUGACCCUUGUACCCUCAUAAACCGGCAGUAUCCAAGCAGCCCAAUCAGCAGAAUUCCGCGUGAACCAUAACCUAACCAUAACCCUACCAAACCCUAACCAUAUUCGACUCCGAGAUAUUCGCGUUUAUUUCCACUGGUCGAGCUUCUUGGAUAGUGCCAUAAACCCAGAGUCGACCUAUUUAACAAAUUGAAUCCUGGAGUACUGAGUAUGUGACUGUUGUUUGAUAGUUUUAGUAAUCUAUUUGCCGUGACUCGUAACUCGUCUUUAGUCAUAAUGGAAUGGUGCCUAACAUUGUUUAACGAGUUUAUGUAAUUUAUUCAGAUUUGUUGUUAUGUUAAAUUGUUAUUAGAAAUUUAUCCAUCUUCUACUCCUUGUCCAUCACUUGCCUACAUUACAAUACCUCAAAAAUGCUCGUGAUUUAAUUUUUGUAUUGAAUUAUUUGUGAAUUCCUUAUACGAUGAACAGCAAAUACGUCACUAUAUCUGCUAAUAUUACUAGGUAAAUACGUCACUAUAUCUGCUAAUAUUACUAGUCUAUUACUAUUACUAAAUACGUCACUAUAUCUAACCCUGCUACUAUUACUAGGUUGAU